UAUAAAUAAGCAUUCAAACCCACAGCAGCUCUCAGUCAGAGAACUGUUCUCCUCAGAGCGUUUGUCGAGAGUCUUCAAAUCCACCCGUAACCGUACCGCCCCGAGUAGCCGAGACACAGACCACAAGUCGACUUUCUUCGGAACCGAAAGCUUUAAGGUCCACAUCUUCAAUUCAAGUCGAUAUUCUGAACAACCAAGAGGUGAAGAAUCAUGGUUACAGAUGAAGUGAUCUCAGCUUUUGACGAGGUGAAACAAAAGCACAAGUACAAGUACGUGACCUUCAAGGCUGAGGGCAAGCCCGGCAAGGACAAUAUCAUCGUGGAUACCAAGGUGGAGUCGUCGACCUUCGAGGAAUUCCAAGCCAGUUUCCCGAGUCAUGAUGCCCGCUGGAGCAUUUACGACUUUGACUACAAGAACAGGGAGGGUCAAGAUUGUAACAAGUUGAUCCUGGUCAGCUGGUUGCCAGAUAGCACUGCUAUCAAGACCAAGAUGCUGCAAUCAGGGGUGCCAGAUGCUAUCAAGAAGACUGUAAAUUGCCCGGCUUUCUUUGUCCACGCCGAUUGCCGCGACGAUCUCAACUUCGAUAAAGUGAGGGACGCGAUCCUCAAAACAAGCCAGUAGUGCCCCAGAUCAAAGCACCAAUUCUCCCUUUUCACAAUGACCA